UGUAACCUAGGAAGUGACUGAUGGGCGAACGGAGUGGGCAGCAAAAAUCUUUUUUGCAGGGUAAAAAAAUUCGCGAGUGGGCAACCCCACUGGAAAGAACCCUCUCCGGUGUCUGCUCUCUCUUCGUCUUCUUUUCUUUCUUAUUUGUGAACAGUGACAAUGAAACCCGCCUUAUCAACAGUCAUUGAGAAUGAAAUGAAGAGUUUGUGCCUGAGGGAUUUUCCCUGCGGCAAAGGGAGCUGGCGGACAGAUAACAUGCAUGAGACUUCUGACAAAGAGGUCAACACAGAGGAACUGGGCUCGCUAAUCGACCUUCUUACCUGCUCACGGUCACCAUGGAAGCAUGAGGGAUCAUGGAGUGACCAAGUAUCAGCUCUUAGGGAGCUGUCUGUGCGGACAUCUGAGUGUCUGAGUGACGGCUUUGUGUAUACCUAUCUCACGUCCAUACGUGUGGUAGGUCAAAGGGUUUCACUCAUAGAUGAAGGGCUGCUGCAUUUCAGCAAACUGGAACAGCUGGUGCUUAGUGUCAACUGCAUAUCUAACAUCCCACUGAAACAUUUUCCCAUGACACUUCAGGUGCUAGAGCUGUAUGCUAAUGAGAUCUCCAGCCUUAGGGGAGUACGUGAACACCAUCUGCCUUGCCUACAGCACCUUGGUCUAGGUAGAAAUCCUUUGGGCUCCACUGAAGACCUACAGUACAUUUCCAGCUCUUUCUGGCCUCAGUUGGUAUCGCUUGACCUGAGCUGGUGUGGGUUUGACAGGCUUGGUGCCAUGCUGGAGGCCGUGUCAACCUUGCCGUGCCUGCGGACACUUGUUCUGGAGGGAAACCCACUGGCGCUAAGCCCGGCUUACCCAGGUCUCGUGAUUGACCGGCUGCCUCGCCUCUUGUACCUGGAUGGGACUCGUAUUGGCCCUCAAGACCACCAUCGCUUCAGAGGGCUGGCAACACUCAGAGAUCUGGUGUUAGAUGAGGCUGUUGUGAAAGUGUCUUUUGGAAUGAUUCGAGGUGUUCCUCAGCCUCCUGGACCUCAGACCAGCGGCUCGGCUGACUUCCCUUUGGUCAGCUACAGCUACCUUGUCACCUAUCAGUUCCUCACAGACCAGAAACAAGGCUCAGUUUUGGACUUAGCCUCAAAGGACCAAGAAGCUGUCAACAGCUCUCAGGGGGAAGAGAUGCAUCAAGGGAUGGAUAUCACUGAGACAGCCGUCAGCUCAGAUGCUCUUUUGAUGUCCGGCACUAGAGAUGAAUCAGAUGAUUCGUUGCCAGUGAUGAAGUACAGCAGCAUUGUCCAUUCGUGGGCAGAGGCCAUGGAUCUGAAGCACUCAGACACACACCGGAUCAGAGAUCUGUCCACCCUGAAGAACUUCCUCCUGCAAGGCCUAUGGUUGAGCGUGGAGGAGGAGAAGAUCACUUCUUGGCCAGCAUCCUCCUCUGAAACACCGGGGACCAAAUCAGCAGCGGACAAAAAAGGAUCAGCAAAAGAGGACAAGAAGAAGAAAAAAAAGAAGGAGUCUUUAUUGGAGCUCGUGCAGGAGCCCCCAGUUUACCGGUCUCUGGGCUCCACCCACCUGGACCUCCAAAACCUGGUCUUGGGUCAGGACAGUGUCCACCUGUUGUGUGAUCUUGGGGUCCUAGAGGCAACCUGUAAGACACAGCAGCAGCAGCAGCAGGAACAAGGAAAGAAGGGAAAAGAAGAGAAGAGAAAAGAGGAGAAGAAAGGCAAACAAGGAGAUGCCAAAGGGAAAGGGAAGGCUCAUAAGGACGGAGAUGCAGAGCCUUCUGUGGAUGAUCGCACGCCUACCCCAGUGCAGCCUCUGACAGUGGAAAUAAGCCUCCUCUUGGAGAAGUGGCAAUCCAUGGCGCAGGCCACAUGCACACAACACAACACCACACAUGAUGCCCAACACUACACAACACAUCACAGCGCAUGAUACAUUUCAGACCACAUCAAAUAACUCCACAGUCCAUAAAUAUUCCUUUUCAUAUCACAUGUGUGAGUGUAUACGCAGUAUACGAAACAGCAUACAGUAGGUGGAUAAUUGCUUCAGCUCAUGUUAAUUAAGACCUGCCAUCCGUGCUAUGUCUUAACACACAUAGGCAAUCAUCUUGUUUAUGUAGUAAUUAAAAAAACAACUGUGCAAACACAAACCUAUGAACCAUAUUUGCACUUUUCGGGUUCAGUUGUCACACUAUGACAAGUACCAGGAAGCACCACCUUGAAACAAUAAAAACCUUUUAUCACUUCAUAAUUGUUUGCAUUUGGUAACUGCAGGAGGGUAAAUACAAAUGAGAGUAACAAACACAAGGGAUAACCUAGCAUCUGUUAUGAUUUCGGAACACUGUUUGACUGUGAUAUGCCUCAUCAUAUUUAAACACGCAUGUCCCACGUGAACGUGUGUGACGUAGUCUGUCGUAGAGAGGGACAUCACGACCGCCCUGCAAGCCAUAUACAAAAUCACAGGGACAAAGCUUCGUACGGUGGAAGUGCAGCGAAAUUGGAAUCGGAAAAGGCUAUUGCCGGGUGAGCAGUUUUAUAGUCCGUCCGCAACAGCCAACCACUGGAAAUUAUUAGUGCUGGUAAGCGGUCUUGUUUCAUUUAUAUAGUUAAAUAGAAUUUCUGUAGGCGACAUUGACGACUGACAGUCAUUAAAAACUAGCCUAAUAGAUCAGUUGGUUCACUUUGUGAUAGAUUAUGUAGUUUAGUUUCUUGUGAGGACUGCGAGCGACUGGACCUCGUGGGUGCGCACUGCGCAGUGGGAAAGAGGCUGUAGCCCUGAAUGCCUUCAAGUUGAAAGAAAAGAACGACGCCGUAACUAAGGUUGCCAACCGUCCCGAAUUACGGGACAUCCCGUAUUUUGGGUGAUUUUGAUUUGUCACGUCAGGGACAGCUCCAUUCCCGGUUUUCCAUUCCCAUUCCAGCUCAUCUUUAACUUGUUAAUAGUAGGCUACUGUAAAC